GGCUCCGCCUCGCCACGAUCUGGCCGGACAGGGGGAAACACUUCUCAGUUAAAGAACAAAAGCAGCCACGGGCGGACCGAGCGGCUCCGGAUUCAGACCCCAAAGCUCCCCGGCUGGAAGAUCGGAGUCCUCUCCGGGAAGAACGCGGCCGACGGGCUCAAGUCGCGCGAGCGGGACGCAAACUUGAUCGGCUCCUCAUCUUUAUAUAUCCAGACCGUAAUCCACCGAGCGGCGGUGGAGAAAUAAGACAAGGGUCAAACAAACAGACGGACGGUAUUGUUUCCCCGGCGAGCCGCUCAACUUCGGCCAUUAAAAGGCGGAGGGGGAGACGAGGAACUCCGACUUUCUCGGGCUUCGGCUUCUCGGAAACAAAGCCCGCGGAUAAAGUAUUGUUCGGGGGGUAUUUUCGGUUUCUGUUGUAUCUGUCUUCGUGAAGAGGCCACACUUAUCUUUCGCUACGUAGAACUUGGAAGUGGAACAAAGCCCGAAGACUGAAAAGGGGUAAAGAGCAUAUUUUGAUCGCCCAGAUGGCAACACAAGCUGAACGGAAUGGCAGAAACGGACUGGUUGUCAGCAUGAAGGAGCCUUUCGAAGGAGAAACAACAAACGCAGAAUGUGAAGGAAAGCCUAAAGCUAAGCGGUCCUCCAGGGAUUUGCGUCACUCUGCCAGCUCAGCUGAAAGCAAUACAAGUGGCGUAGCUAGCUUCACCACCAACCACAACUCCGUUGUGUGCCUGCCUUUGGUGUCGGAGGGACUGAAACUGGUGUGGACUCAGUCGGAUCAGACCCGUGAACUUGACACAAUUUCAGAGCUAGUCCAAGCCUUUAACCUAUUUCCAUAUCCGUCAUCCCGGGAGGUCAGCACUUUGGCCCGGGUUUGUGCCUUGCCACUGGACAAAGUUAAAGUGUGGUUUAUGGUGCAGCGAAUUAAAUAUGGCAUCAGCUGGUCCUCGGAGGAGAUCGAGGAGACGAGGCGUAAGCUCGCAGUGCCUGAUAUCUGUGAUGACUCUCCCGAGCCCACCGAGGAAUCAAAUGGGAAAAGCGACAGCAAAGGUUACGAAGACUUUGUUUUUGAGGAUAAAGACACUGAAGAAGCUGAGAGUGAUGUCUCUCAUUUCAUUCCCCAGAAUAUCCCAAAGUGUGAGUCACCCGAUUCAUAUAAACCAGCCAAACCUGCGACCCCCUGUUUCAGUUCCACCCUCCCACCGCCUCAGGAUUCAUACUAUUACCGCCCACCAGCAGAUACACCAGCAAGUCCAGCACAAGAAGCAACCCUCGAUCUUUCAGAGCCGUCUUCACAACCGCACCGUCAUGGACGCUACAAAAAAUCCAAAGCUCAGCUGGCAGCCCUUCGCAAGAGCUUUCUGAGAGAGAACUGGCCUGCAGAGGCAGAGCUCAGACGUUUGCAGGAAGAAACUGGGUUGACCCGUAACGACAUUCGUAAAUGGUUCAGUGACAGUCGUUACCAGCUCAGAGUUGGUCGAGGAAGCCUGGCAGCAGCUCAGAACUUUUCACAUCACACUGCUGUAGCGGGCAAACAAGAGCAGCAAUCCCAGCCUCUUUCACUUAUUACUCCAAAAUCUCGCCAGCCCAAUGGGGUGAAAACCCAUGAAGGUGCUCGUGGCAAUGGGAUUAGAAAUUCACAUUUCUUUCAGACGUUUUUGUCAAACAGCCUGGAAGCGUUUGGAGAAAGGGUCCUUGACACUCCAGGUUACGAGGUUGCGGAGGAGCAUUCUGUGGAGGAGGACAGCAUUAAAGACGAGGAACCAAACGAGGAUGAACCUUUACAGUUAACCAAGACAUGCAAGCCUGAGCCAGAAGUUCCGCAGGAAUCGACGAGCGUGCUCCCAUCGUCGCCCCAUUCUUCUCCGUCUGAAAGCCCGCCUCUUGCUGCAUCGCCCAGCAAAACACUUCCAAGUAAAACCAGCACGUCGAGGAGGUCGGCCCACGCGGCGAAGAUCAAGGCCCCGCCGACUCCUGAGCCGUUCUCCGGAGCCUCCACAUCCACAUCACCUGCCCUCACUCCUGGAGGGCGCCCGAGAAAAACCAAGGAGCAGCUGGACGUGCUAAAGCAGCACUUCCUGCGCUGUCAGUGGCCCAAGAGUGAAGAUUACACUGAGCUUGUUAAGCUUACGGGUUUACCUCGGGCAGAUGUGAUUCAGUGGUUUGGGGACACGCGGUACGCUGUGAAAAACGGCCAGCUGCGCUGGGUCAAAGGUGUCCGUGACCAGUUCUUGGCAGAACUUGCCGCCCAGCAGAGCAGCAGCGGUCUCACUAAUGGGGGUGGGACGUCCACGCGGCCAGGCAGCCGCAAAAGAAAGUCCACAAUGAAUGGAAGCAGCGCAGAUUCACCGGAUCUCCAGCCGCUGGAAGUCUAUUAUCUUUCAACAGGCUCACUCCAUGAAAAAGACCUUGACUCUCUAUGCAAGAAAUCAAGGAUGAGCUACCAGCAGGUACGGGACUGGUUUGCAGCUCGGGAUGUUGGGGAGACUGACCAAGAACUUAUCGUUAGUUAAAAGCAUUUCUAGAAGUUGGUGGGGUACCCCCACGUCUUUAGCAUCAAGUGAAAUUAUUACUUUGGUUUAUAUUGCUUUAAUUGAGGCAGGUUUGUGACAUCCAGUCUUCCCAGUACAAGCCCAGCGUGAGGUUUGUUUUUAUAUAUGCUGCAUUCCCUGCUUAUUCUAAUAUAUUUGGACUUGAAUUAUAAUUGUGCUGCCUGUAUUGAUGUAAAUAGAACAGUUACUUGUACACUGGUUUGCUCUAUAUUUCUGAGCUUAUUUUUGUUUAGAUAUCUCUUCUACAGAUUUUUGCUAGUAUGCUAUUGUAGCAGUAUAAUUUAAACUGGUUGAACAUUUGGUACCUGGCAAUGGCAGACGAUGUACUGCUCCAAAAAAUGUCUUCAUUGACUAAUUAGUUGACUGAUCACUGUGCGUAAAUCAUUCCUUCUCACCCAGUUAUUCCUUCUCACGACAAGCACACUGGACAUGAACACUUUAAGUUGAUAUGUUGCACAUUGGAUUUCAAGCCUGCUGCAUUUACUGUAAGUAGAGCAACUCAGUACCACAUGAAAUGUACUUUUAUCCAAAAACAAUUGCUAUCAAUCCGCAUUGAUUACUUACUUCUAAAAUCAUGCUUCUGAAACAGCUUUGAUUUUGCAUCUGAUGUCUACGUUAUAUUUCUGGAACCCGUACCAUUUCCCUUUAAAAAUGACCUGCUGUGAUACCUCGCUCACUGAAUUUUUUUUUUUUUAUUUGCAAGAAGAAGAAAAAAAAAAACAAAAAAAAAAUGGAGAAACGUUUAACAGUACUUAGCUGCUGUGACUACAGCUAUAUCGAAAAUGUCCGAAGUUACUCAUUGAUUAGCUCAGUGUUUUCCUCUUGUCUUAAUAGGUAUAGGUAUGACUUGUUUAUAAUAUAGACAAACUAGAUGAGAUGGGAGUCCAUAUAUUGUAUAAGUAGCAAAGGAUUCCGACCCAAAGA